AUGCCUCUUUUACGUAGACCAUUACUUACACUUUCACGUGUUAAGCACUUACUUUCGUUUUCGCGAUGUGUGAAGCACUCAGUCGCUGUACAAAUCGGGGAUGGAGAACCAUUGACUUUUACUACUGGUGAGUUCAUGAAACUAACAUCUGCCAAUUUGCUUUUUUUACCUGGAUCAUGCACGAUUUAUGACAACGACUCCUUUUGCAUUUGUCUUCUUGCAAAAGUACGAUUCAAAGCCAGUUCAAGUAAGUUAUCUUCUUACAUUAAACACCUUGCCCUAGAUUUCUGGAGAGAUUGUCCUGCGAAAACUAAGCUUACCUGUUUUGAACCAAAUCAUGAGUUUUGGCGCGUAUGUUUAGGUCACAUGGCAAGAUUUGCUUCUGGUGCUGUUGUUGCAUCUGUGGGAGAUAGCGCGGUUAAGUUGUUACGAGAUUCUCAGGUCCUCAGCACGUGUGUUUUUCGUCAAUCAUCGAGCGAGGGCCAAGGUCAAGAUUUCGUCCCAUUAUUAGUAGACUUCAAGCAAAGUGCUGCCGCAGUUGGGAAAAUCCCUACCAACUACUUUCGUCGAGAGCUUGGCCAGUCUGACGCUGAUAUCUUGGCGUCGCGGGUCAUCGACCGAUCUCUUCGGCCACUUUUUCCUCCAGGUUGGACAAAUGAGACGCAGGUGAAUGACUCUCCACAUCUCUUCACAGCCACUGAGUACAGUAUUGUUGUAAAGCCUUUGGCCAUUGAUGACGAAGGAGAUGUUGUAUCACUUGGUCUGAAUGCUGCGGCUUCCGCUCUUCAUGCAUCGGCUGUCCCAUGGUUGGGCCCAGCUGCUGCUGUACGUAUUGCCCUUGUUGGAGAUAAGGUGACCGGUCGUCUUCAGCUGAUCCUUAAUCCUACUCGAUCAGUUAUAAAAGAAUCAAGGCUCGACUUACUCCUAACAGGAUGCAAUGAUAAAAGGACUGUGAUGAUUGAAAUGGAUGGAGACCAGUUGCCAGUAGAGAGGAUCGAAGAGGCUGUUGAUGAGGGUUUAAAUGCAACGAGUAAGCUUAUUUCUGCUAUGGAUGAGCUGCGUGCCUUAGGGGGGAAAGAGAAAGCUGCGGUAAGAGUUUUGGGGAAUUUGGGAAGUUGGAGUCGGUAUUGCGCUUCUAGCCUUCUUCAGUUCUCAGAGCCGACGUUUCCCGAGGAGCUGCAAGACGAAGUACGGGCACUUUGUGAAGAACGACUAUACUAUAUAUUUACUGACCCGUCACACGACAAAAUAUCGCGCGAUGAAGCUAUCAGGGAAGUUGGUAAGGAUGUGGUGGCAUCCAUAAAGGACGGUGAUCCGCCUGUGAUCCAGUCAAUAUUUCGGUAUUUCACGAAGAAAGUCCUACGGUCAGUAUUGUUUUUAUUUCCCAUGUUAGGGUUCAGGCGCUCCCGUUUUAUCUUGAGUUUCUUUUCACUUAGAAACAAAACGUUUUACCUUUGAUA